AUGUCUGAUACGGAGUCAAUUGAUGAAGGAUUUGGCCUUUUUGAAGAACCUGAGGAUUUCCGCCCUCCGCCACCCGCUGCGCAUUUCGCAGAGUACGAGAGAUCAAGCGUAUCGCCCGAAUCUAAGUCUCAAAUCGGUAAGAUCCAACUACGUUUAGUUGGUAGCUCACCACUUUGGGGCCACCUGCUGUGGAACGCAGGAAUUUACACAGCAAAGCACCUGGACCGUAAUACUCAGUUGGUUAAGGGUAAGAAAGUCUUGGAACUUGGAGCAGCUGCUGGGCUCCCAUCUCUGGUUUCAUCAAUGAUUGGUGCGGAGAAGGUUGUGUCUACUGACUACCCAGAUGCUGAUCUGUUGCAGAAUAUACAACAUAAUGUCGACCAUGUACUCUUCGAGGGUAAAUCAGUGUCUGAAAUUUCUCAGAGAGAUAUUGUUGUUGAAGGUUAUAUUUGGGGGAAUGACUACUCACCUCUGCAAAAACACAUUGGUGGUCCUGGCGCGAAGUUUGAUUUGAUAAUCUUGAGCGAUUUGGUUUUCAAUCAUACAGAGCAUACAAAACUCUUGCAAACCACGAAGGAUCUUUUGGCAGAUGAUGGCAAGGCUUUGGUAGUGUUCUCGCCUCAUAGACCUUGGUUGUUGAACGACGAUUUACAAUUUUUUGAGACUGCUAAGGAAUUUGGCUUAAAACCAGAGGUUAUUGAGAUGGUGAAUUGGAAGCCAAUGUUUGAAGAAGACGAAGAGACAUCAGAAGUAAGGUCUCGUGUUUAUGCCCACUACCUGACGCAUUGA